CGUCUGCCGCGCCCGCUUCUCCUCUCUUCUCCUCUCCUCCGCUCGCCUCUCCUCUCCUCUCCCCGCCGCCUCAGCGCGGCUCCGCCGCCGCCAAGACGCCGCGGGCCGUGCUCCGAGUGAAGAAUGGGGCGGCCAAGCUCGCCAAGCCGCCCGCGGCCGCGGGCGAGACCCCCGGCGGCGCCCCCGGCCCCGGGCUCUUCAUGGAGCGGUCGCAGAGCCGCCUCAGCCUCUCCGCCUCCUUCGAGGCCCUGGCCAUCUACUUCCCCUGCAUGAACAGCUUCGACGAGGAGGACGCGGAUGGUGACGGUCGGAGGCUGAAAGGAGCCAUCCAGAGGAGCACAGAGACCGGCCUGGCCGUGGAAAUGCCCAGCAGGACCGUCCGUCAAGCCAGCCACGAGUCCAUCGAGGACAGCAUGAACAGCUAUGGCUCCGAGGGAAACUUGAAUUUCAGUGGAGUCCAUCUGGCAUCUGCUGGGCAGUUUAGUGACUUCCUGGGGAGCAUGGGCCCUGCACAGUUUGUUGGCCGUCAGACCCUGGCCACCACCUCGAUGGGGGACGUAGAAAUUGGCUUGCAAGAGCGAAAUGGGCAGCUUGAAGUGGAUAUCAUUCAGGCUCGAGGACUGACACCAAAACCCGGCUCCAAAACACUGCCAGCUGCUUACAUCAAAGCUUACCUGCUGGAGAAUGGCGUGUGCAUCGCGAAAAAGAAGACAAAGGUGGCUCGCAAGUCGUUGGACCCUUUGUACAAUCAGGUGUUAAUGUUUGCUGAGAGUCCCCAGGGCAAAGUAUUACAGGUGAUAGUCUGGGGAAACUAUGGACGCAUGGAGCGCAAGCACUUCAUGGGAGUCGCCAGGGUUCUCCUGGAAGAACUGGAUUUGUCAACUUUAGCGAUCGGCUGGUACAAGCUCUUCCCAACUUCCUCGAUGGUAGAUCCCACUACAGGCCCGCUCCUGCGUCAGUCCUCACAGCUUUCCCUGGAGAGCACAGUGGGACCCUGCUGUGACAGGUCUUAGUGAGUAAGGAAGGGGGAACUGCUUUUGUUUUUUAAACAUGCUGUCAAGGUUUUGUUUGCUGGAACUCUGACCUCAAGCGCAAUGCAUGUUCAAUCAGUUCUUGUGGAGCUGGAAGAGGAGGAUAAACCAGUGACCUUAGACAGAAGACGAGGGGGAGGGCGCCGUGCCCUCUCUGUCCGAGGAGGAGGUGCCAUGGGGCAUGAGUCCUAGUUGUCAAAUUAGACAUACACCUCUUGUUUCACUUCUCUCGCUGUCAUUCUUGGACCCUUGUUUCAGAUCAAUAUUAACCCUGGAAAGUUGCAGCAUUCGAAAGAAUUCGGGGGGAGUAAGGAAUGAAUUUCUCUUAGCUGUGCGUCUUAGAAAUUUCUGAUAUGAGUUCUUUCACGAGAAAGUACCUGAAAAAUUUAGAGCUCGUUGUCCGGCCUGAAAAGAGCAGAAACAGAAAGUUUAAGAGGAAGCAUUAGGUCUUUUUGUAAUGCCUUUCUUUCUGAGAGGAAGAAGAAGAAAGAAAUCUGCAACUCUUUCUUUAGAAUCAGUUCCCUGUCACUGAGUCAUGUUAGCUGUAACACUGUCAUUGCUGUGUUUUCAAACUGUGCCAAAUUACCAGCAAGUGUCUUUACUGCAUUACGUGUCUAACACUGCUGAUGAAGUAUACUUGGUGGGAGAACAAGUAGCGCCUACUUAGAGCAGACAGUUUAAACAGAGUUCGAGUUUAGCAGGCUAAUUAACCGCAAUUUUGCUCAGAAAAAAACCCCAAAACGCUAGAAGUGGGAGCUGAACAUCACACUUGCAGCUUGAGGUGUUUUGUAUUGUCAGAUGAGACAUUUCUGCAAUUUGCUGACUCCCUUAUUUGUUGCUGUGCAUCCUUCUGUCACAAUGUCUUGCAUCUCCUGCUUUUUUCCCCUCAUCUCCUUGAUACUGGUACAUAUCUGCUGGAGAUGCUGCCCUUCCUUCCCAGACCUGAAACAGGACUGUUUUAUUCUGCCAUGGGAGAGGAAAUGAGGGCUUCUGGGGGUGCAGGAGAAAGAAACCUCAGUUUGCCAUCUGAGAAGAAGGUGCUGGAGAGCCCACGACCUUCCUUGUGGAGAGAGGGGAGCUUUAGGCAGUGUUGGUACUACGCAGACAUUGUCCAGUGUCCUGCAAGAGACGUGAUCCCCAGAGUGCAGAGAGGUGGUGGGUGAGGAAUGUGAUGACACAGUGAUCACAGCACACGUGUUCUGUUCCUUAAAUGAGUAAAGCACAUUUGCUGAGCUCUGGCAGCUGCUGCCAGCAGAGCCACGUGCCGGAGGAAGUGUGCUGGAUCCUUCAGACAAUUGAAUUACCCAGAAUCACAGAGAAUCUCCAAAGAUUUUCUGUUGAUAGCUCUGUUUUGGCUAGGUUUUGUCUUAGUUCCUAAAUGAGGAUUUGAUGACUGCUGUCCCAGAAUAAGCUUUUGGAGGUGUUUUACUUUGUGGUUCAAAAGUGAAGGUCCCGUGUCCCGUGUAGGAAUGAGCAGAUUCUUGGCCUGUCCUAGAGAAAUACUGAGCAUUUAUUUCUGCAUGUGGACCUCAGCUUUUUUAGAGUAAAAGCAUGAGUGUUGAGUGGAUGGUAAAAGCGGUUGCUUUUGGUCCUAGCUUGUCUGUGGCAUUUUAAAUUAUUUUGAGAUAAAAUACAGGAUAGAUGCAAAAAAUUAUAUAGGCCUUACAAUAAUCUGUAAAGAAUUAUAUAAUAUAAAGGAAAGGGAAGGAGGACGAGGGACAUAGAAUGACUAGGUUUUUGAGUCUUCAGUGGCAAAAGCCUCAACGUUUCAGAUAAAUAUCUUAAUUUCCUUGAUUCAAUGUGUCUCUGGCCUCUCACUAAUUAUUUUUUCUAAUCGUAUUAGACAAUUUCUAUAUAUUAGCUGAAGAAAGUUUGUUGCAUGCUGGUCAAACUAUGUUGUGGCGCUCUCUCUUUUAUUUUUAUUUUUGAAGAAGAAGCACAUUUACUGUAAUUCAAGUCGGCAUCUUUUCCUCUUGGUAUGUAGUGAGUACUAGGCAAUAUUGUACAAUAUGUGUAUGAACUAGAAUAGAUUAGGUAGAUUUAGUGGUUUGUAGCACUGGAUCUUUUAAUAACUAUGACUUUUAAAGGACUGUGGGGAGCUCCAGGUACAUGGCACACCUGGCAGCAGGGCUUCUGUCUUAAAUUAUGCCGAAAGCUUUGUAUUGGAACUCAGCUUGGACAUUGUCUACCAGUAAGAGCUAAGUUAAUCCUGAGUUUCCUGCGUCCAGUAAGAUGAAUGCAGCGUUUCUGCAGUUUUUAAUGGGGAGUAAGAGACUAUACAUGCCAAAAAUAUUUCCCCAGAAAACUUUGUUUAACGACUGUCUGUCAAAAAGCUCGGUUCCUGUGUGCCUGGCAGAUGCAAAGUGUCUCUGUUUCCUGCCCCCUCUGAAAGCUCUGCAGGCUCAGUGAUGAUCAAUUUAGUUACCACAGGACUCCUGAGCACCGAGGACUAUCUUCCAUCUGGUUUUAAUCAUGCUGAAAGGUCACUGUCAGGGUAAAAUAAAGAAGUUCUAGUUGUGUUAUUUUUGUCAACAUCUCCAAUUCUGUAAUUUGGAGGCAGUUUCACAGUCUGCUCCGUCCUAUUUUCUUCUGCAUUUUUUACGUGGUUGACUGUGGUCCAGUGCUUCUCGCUUUUGUUUUACUCACUCCAAGUCCUGCUUCUCCCCAGUAAGUGAACACUGCAACCCCUGGCUGCCAAGCACAGCACAGUCUGUGAGCUGGCGAGUGCAGGUGAGCUUCCUUCCCAAAGCAGGCUCACAGGAGCCCUUCUGCGGGUGCCCACGGGACACAGAGUGAGGCCAGGGGAGUUGCACGGUACCCUGCAGUUGAAAUUCUUGCUUCACUCAUCCGCGUGAUUCCUGCACUGGCCAUGGUGUAGUGUAGUCAAAAAAGAACUCUUCUGGUUGCCCAUUGAUUUAAUUCAGUGUAGCAUCCGAGACAAGUCUGGAAUAGCCUAUUUUUAUAAAGCCUAACCCACUUUUCCCCAAAAAAAUUUGGCUGGCCAGUUUCUGUCUAAGGUGAUGUGAUGUGAGAGUUGGGAUUACCAGUGUGGUUGUGUAUAAAGCAGCAUUUUGCCAUAGUGAUGAGCAGCUGAAAAGUGAACUUUUGUCCCCUUUGCAAGUCCUGGCUGAGUCUUUUCCAGUGCCUGAGUCUUGCUGUUGGUUUCAAUUGGGGAGGGAGAGAGAAAGAGCAGGAGACUUAAAUAAAA